AGGCCUUCCUCCUUCACACAAAGUAGUUGUUUUUUCUGCUCCUUGUCUCGAUUCUUGAUGCUUGAGGUGGCAAUACUCAAGAGCUAGCAUACCAACUCACACACCUGUACCCCCUCUCCUCAUCACAAUGUCCGACCCGUCGCGUGCAGUCCUCCCGACGCGUCUGAUCCUGAGCUUCAUAGGCGUCGCGUCCGCAGCAGGUGGUUAUCUGGCGGAUUGGAACGAAACCCAUGUCUUCAACCCGAAAUGGACGGCUCAUGCCAAAUUCCACAACGGACAGACGAUGAGCACAGGCCUCGGCUUAGGCCUCCUCACCUUAUACUAUACCUGGCGAAAGACCAACAGCAACACUCCCUCCGGUCUGCUCGAUAACCUACUCACCGCAACCCUCAUGGCCAGCCUUUACUGGGCAACACAACUCAGUGCGAUCCUGUAUCCGGGGACAAAAUGGGUGGAUGACGAGUUCAAGGAGAGUCAUGGAGAGCCGCAAAAGAGAGGAGCGCCCGUAAUAUUGGGUAUCACGGCGGCUGCAUAUGGACUGGGUUGGUACAGGUUAACGGGUGGACAUCUUAAGAGCUCUUGAUGAGACAAGCAGCCUUGCACUGCAGAUACGGACAUUCAAAGCAGUCUGGAGACCCUAGCGAAGUCUGCGAAUCCUCUCGUGUUGGAAUACCAAGGACAGGGUCGGACAUUCCUACAGUCUCAACGACAAGGCUGAAAGAGUUCCAGCCUCAAAUCCCUGCGUCAACCACUUGGCAAACCUGCA